CAUGGGUUCCAUAAGGUCUCUGUAUUCAUUCAGACUUUUCCUCUUCAGGUCUGAGAAGAUUUUGGCUGCUGUUGCCGAGUCUACAUCUGCAAUAACCCUGCUAGAGCCAGAUGUUUCAUCCCCGAAGGAGUUGCUCGGCACUACAUCAUCGGAAGUAUCAAUCACUGACAGUCCACAAUCUGUGCAGCAUAACGCCACUCACUGCUCUCUGCCAUCCGCAUCAUCCUUUGUUUCUAAAAUUUUUGGCCCGGUAUCCUCGGAAUUGGUACCUGGUGUUUUACAUUAGGAUGGACCGUGGGGGGUAUUUCUGCAUGUACCCUAAUCUGGGUGGACCAUUUCAGAGCAUACAUGAAGCUGAUGAUGCUAUUGAGCGCUAUCUUGAUGAAUUGCGGCAUAAGGCAAUGUGCAAGGAUCAAGUGAAAUUAUCUGUUGUGGAUAGGAUGAUACUCAACUGUAAAUUCUAUCUUGAUGGCACACCUAAGAGAGGUCCCAAUUCACCAACCAAAGAUGAAAAAAUCUAUAUGGUUCAAGCUGUACUUCACCAGUAUAACGAGGACAACAACCUUUUUGGGAAUCAUGCACAUGAACUAGAAGCUCUUGUGGGUAAGCAAUGGAUUUGUGAGAAUCAUAGGUGGUACUUUCAUUUCAAUUUCACCAUAAAGGAAAAAGAAGGCAAUGAUAAGUCUAGCACAAGCAACCUUUUCUUUGCUGAGGUGUCGCAUAUGCAAGGAGAAAAGGAUUGGGAGGUCAAUUGUUGCUGCAUGAUUAAACGUGAUGAAAAUGGUCACUGCUAUGGCUGUAGAAACAAUGGAAGUCCUGGCAUGAAGCAUCCCAAUAACACUGGUGCAUACACUGGUGGUCACUUGGACGGAUAUUUGCCAUUUGGGUGUGUGGAUGAUAACAGCGAUGAUGAAUAUGAUGAGGAAAGGCUACGGGCUAUGUUUGAGUCUCCUGAUGUUAUUCUUUAG